GGCGUAACGCAACCCCCACACACGUGAAGUGUCAUAGAAAAGGCAUUUCAAGACGCGCUUCCCCUUGUCCUCUAUACACAUCAAUCUCGAAGUGCGUUUUCUCUUGAAUCUGCGUUACAAAGCAAUCACCACUUCUCUUCCCCAGCUACGAAGAUCAACAACAUCAAUGGCGAUAAGAUCAGUAAAAGUUGGGAAUCUCUCCUCAGGAGCAACGGAGCAUGAUAUCAAAGAGUUCUUCUCUUUCUCCGGUGAAGUUGAAAGCAUUGACAUCCAAGGUGAUGAGCAUAGUGCCUAUGUGACAUUCAAAGAUCCUCAAGGAGCAGAGACCGCUGUGCUCUUAUCAGGUGCAAGUAUUGCCGAUCAGUCCGUCGUCAUUGAGAUGGCUCCUAACUACACUCCACCUGCUGCCCCUCAUGCUGAAACACAGAGCGGUGGCGGGGGCGUCGCGGAAUCAGUAGUUCAGAAGGCAGAAGAUGUUGUGAGCACCAUGUUAGCAAAGGGUUUCAUCCUCGGUAAAGACGCCGUCGGCAAAGCAAAGGCUUUUGACGAGAAACUCGGUUUCACUUCAACCGCAACCGCAGGUGUUGCUUCCAUAGACCAAAAAAUCGGUCUAAGCCAAAAAAUCACAGCGGGUACAAGCUUGGUGACCGAGAAGAUCAAAGGUGUGGACCAAAGCUUCCAAGUCACAGAGAGAACCAAGUCUGCCUUUGCGACAGCGGAACAGACGGUGAGCAGCGCGGGAACCGCCGUGAUGAAAAACCGCUUUGUGUUAACGGGUGUGAGCUGGGCGGCAGGAGCGUUCAACAGAGUUGCUAAAGCGGCUGGAGAGGUUGGACAGAAGACAAAGGAAAAGGUUGAAGCUGAGCAACCACCACAACCGUCGCAGUCAGAGCAGCAAGCACCAGAAGGGUAUUCUCCGCUUCACUGAAAACGUUGUGUUUUUUUCUUUUGGGAACUUGUUCUUUUUUUUUUGUCUUUUGGAUGUAUUAUAAAACAUAUGUUUGCAUCUUCUAUAUUCCUAGUUGGGGUUUUUUUAAAAGUUAUUGUGUUCACUAAUCUCUUUCGGGUCGUUAAGGAGCAGCGUUAAUUCACAUCA